GCUAGAGACCAUAGCUGACAGGGUCCCGUAAAAGUGGUGAGGAGUGGGAUAGUCCCUGUCUAGCACCUGACACCAUGGACGAUUACCCGAUGUACAGUCUCCUUGUGGGGUUCUCCCUCUGGGGGACCCUCUGGCGUCUCCUCUUUCCUCUGGGAUUUUGGAACACGUUUUCCUGUAGAGUAGAGACCCGGGGUGGAGUGUCAACUAACCCCUACACGAAAGAAGAGGAGGAGAAAGCCGCCACUAUCUUGAAAGAAAGGAAGGAGAAAAAAGAGGCCAAGAAGAAGGCCCUGAUGGAGGAACAGGCGGCGAAGCUGAAGAAGAUUGAGGAGGAGAUGGCCAGAGAGAAAAAAAGAUUGAAGAAAGAAAAGGAGGAGAAGUUGAAGGAGGUAGAAGAGGAAGAUGAUGUGGACGACCAGCCACUAGAGAGAGGAAGGAGAUGGCGAAGAGGACAGUCCAGUGGGCCUAAAGAAGAUGAAAUGGAAAAGAAGAUUUCAGAAUGGGUUACGAAUUUGUCUCUGGGAGAAGAAGAGGAAGUUUCGAUGUAUAUCCCCAGGGACGAACAGGAGGCGGCCACACAGGAAUGGGAUGCAGAAGAGGACCCUUUAAAGCGGCAGGCUGUGGAAGACGAGAAGAGGAUGGAGUGGAAGUUCAGGAUGAUGAGGGAAAAGAAGAAGAGGGUAGAUGCAGCGAGCGAAGCGGCGAAGGAACUAGCUGAAGUGAGGAAGCUGAGGGAACAGUUAGCCGCACAGGUAGACCUCCAGCAGAAGAUGGAGGUCAUGGCACUGAACAUCGAGCGAUUAGCAAGGGCCCAGGAGGACCAAUAUGAGUUCAGUCGGAGUCAAGAUUUGGCCGUGCGCUCUAUGCGACUGGGGUUCAGGGAUUUCGCGCGUGAGUUAGUAACGGCGAUAGGCUCAGAGGUGAAGAUUCGCCUCGAGAACACUGAGCGUUAUUGUACGGGCGCCAUAAAGGGCGCCAAGCUGGCUGCUCCCAAGGAGGAGGAGGCACGUCCCCGUAGGGAGCCCGUCAAAGUCAAGUUCCCUGAUUCCUACAGUGGGAAAAAGGAAGAAAACUUUGACAAUUGGGAGGCCAACGUUAAGACGUGCGUGCAUUUGCAGAAGGUCUCCCCUGAUGAGCAUGUUCUCAUCGCUAUCCAUGCGCUCAAGGAUGAAGCCGCCAGCUUCGCACGAUCCCUAAUCCGCGCUGCUAAUUGCAAUGAUGAUGUUGUUGCUUAUUUUGCAUUCACCCCCCUCACUGACUUCCUUAAAUUGCUGCGCGAACGAUUUGCAGAUGUCGCCCGCAGUGUCAAGGCCUCUGAUCGUCUACAGAUGAACCAUUCCCGACAGUGGAAGAGUGCUAAGGCACUCAAAGGUAUGAUGGACGAGUUAGUGGCGGUCCCUGACCACGGGGUCACAAAGACCCAGUUGGUCAACCUCUUCUACCGAGCUACGCCCGAAGCGUUGCGUGGCCACUUCUUCGAGAAGAGCCAACAACCCACCAUGACCUAUGACGCGUUGAGCAGGGAAGUGGUGGCAUUUGAGGCCAGGUCCAUGUCAGCUUCCACUUUCUGGCAUAAGGACCUAGAUAAGGGAAAAAGGUGGAAGGGCCACACUAUCUCAAGGUAGGUAAAGACUAAGGAUCGUUUGAUC